UGGACCCAGGAAAGAAGCAUGAAGUGGCUUGUGAUCCUUGGGCUGGUGGCCCUCUCAGACUGCUUAGUCAUGAUCCCUCUCACGAAGGUCAAGUCCGUCCGAGAAAGCCUCAGAGAAAAAGGCUUGCUGAAAAAUUUCCUCAAGGAACAUCCUUACAAAAUGAUCCAGAACCAGAAAAUCGCUUGUCACCCGCUGAGGAACUACCUGGAUAUGGCCUACGUGGGCAACAUCACCAUCGGCACACCCCCACAGCAGUUCAGCGUCGUCUUUGACACCGGCUCAGCUGACCUGUGGGUGCCCUCCGUCUACUGCAAAAGCAAGGCCUGUGUUACACACAGAUCCUUCAAACCUGCCCGCUCCAGCACCUUCCGCCUCCCGGGCAAAAACUUCGAGUUGGAAUACGGCUCUGGAAAGAUUUCAGGAUUCCUUGGCUAUGACACUGUUCGGAUCGGCAGACUCAGGACCAUGAACCAGGUAUUUGGCCUGAGCCAGUUGGAGACCGGUGAGGCCUUUGAACAUGGAGUCUUUGAUGGCCUCCUGGGCCUGGGCUUUCCCAGCCUCGCCCUCAAAGGGACCACCCCCAUCUUCGACAACCUAAAGAAGCAAGGGCAAAUUUCUGAGCCUGUCUUUGCCUUCUACCUGAGCACGAAGGAGGAGGGCAGUGCAGUGAUAUUUGGUGGCGUGAAGAAAUGCUGCUACAAAGGAGAGCUCAAGUGGGUGCCCCUGACAAAACCCCACUACUGGCAGAUCGCCUUGGACAGGAUCACCUGGAGAGGGCACAUUAUUGGUUGUCUCCGCGGCUGCCAGGCCAUCGUGGAUACCGGGACCACGUACCUGCUUGGCCCAUACGCAGAAGUGGACAAAAUCCAUUCUCUCAUGAACGCAGUGCCCCUUCAGGAAGAGUACCUGGUCCAGUGUAAUGCCAGGGACACCUACCCUGACAUCGUCUUCACCAUUAACAAUGUCGACUACCCAGUGCCAGCUCGUACCUACAUCCGAAAGGAUGCUAAUAAUAACCUCUGCUACAGCACCUUUGAGGUGAUGGGGGAUACUCUGACCGAGAGCCAGACCUGGAUCCUGGGUGAUGUCUUCUUAAAGGUGUACUUCACCGUGUUCGAUCGAGGACAGAACAGGAUUGGCCUGGCUCGGGCCGCAUAA